AUGAUAGCGACUCUGCCUCUUACUGCGAAACUCCUCGCUGGAUUUUUGAUUUCGAUUUUCGUUCUCAAGAUCUUCAAAAUCUGGCGUGAAGUACAAAUCGAAAGAAGUUUCGCUGCCUCAAAAGGCUGCGAACCAUCCAAACAAUGGAAUGCCAAAUGGCCACUAGGUCUCGACCUGCUUUUGAAAGCUUUUCGCCACGGGCGCAAUCAGCAGAUACUCCGGUUUUUUCUUGAUGUAAUAGCCGAGUCGGGGAAUACCUUUGAGCAGAGUCUCCUUUCCUCUCGGGGAAUUGAUACUAUUGAUCCCAAGAAUCUUGAAGCCAUUUUAUCCACACAAUUUAGUGACUUUGGGCUUGGGCUUCGGCCACCAACCUUCGACCCCUUGAUGGGAAGUGGUAUUUUCACCCAAGAUGGAAAACAGUGGCGACACUCACGGGAACUUCUGCGGCCGCAGUUCAUGACCAAUCGCCUUAAUAACUUCAUGCUAAUAAGAGAGGCUGUGAACAAUCUUAUCUCGUGCAUUCCAGAAGAUAGUGAAGUCGACUUACAGCCCCUAUUCUUCAGCCUGACAUUCGAAACCACGCUCUUUCUACUAUUUGAUCACCAUUUGCCCUCUGCGAAGUCUGAAGGCAUAGUGGGCCCCGACCAUGAAUUUGCGGAGGCUUUUAAUCUCGGCCAAGCAUACCUUGCCCAACGAGGCCGUCUUGGCGACACCACUGUCAAGAAAGCCAUAGGCAGAUUAGCCACAAACGGUCACUCAAAGACGGAGUCAUACGUCUUCAUCGACGCACUCGUCAAGGAAACCAGUGACCCGAAAGCUCUACGGGCUCAAUGUUUUAACAUCUUAUUAGCGGGGCGAGAUACAACAGCGUGCUGCCUGACAUGGACACUUCGUCUGCUUGUGCAACAUCCUCGGGUUCUCUUCAAACUCCGUCGUGAGAUCGAUGAUGCGAUUGGUGUAGGCCCUGAGGCUACAGUACCCGACAUAAGUCGAAUCAGGACCCUGCCAUAUUUAUCAGUCGUUCUCAAAGAAGUUCUCCGCCUAUAUCCAUCAGUACCAGUGAACUCGAGAGCAGCAGAGAAGACAACGACCCUCCCCGUUGGUGGCGGUCCGGAUGGAACAGCUCCUAUUCUCGUUCGGAAGGGGGAGGGAGUGGGAUACUGUGUCUACGCCCUGCACCGCCGAAAAGACAUUUAUGGGUCGGAUGCUGAUCAGUUCCGCCCCGAACGCUGGGAAAAUGAUGCACUGAAAAAUGUUGGGUGGGGUUAUUUGCCUUUCAAUGGGGGACCCAGGAUAUGCUUGGGACAGGACUUUGCACUGCUAGAAGCUGGCUUCACCAUUGUGAGGCUGCUGCAAACUUUUGAAACUAUCGAGAUGACAGACAGGUCUUUCAUGGCGCCAGUCGGCGAGGAAAGGCAGGUGCUCACAUUGAACCCUGCGGAAGCAUCAAAGGUUGUGUCGCGGGCAGCUACAGUCGAUCCGACUGGGCGGCCGCUGGGAAUAUCUUAUGCGAUACAAACUGCUCGCAUCUGGGAUGCGAAAGAAAUGGCCUUAAACUCAAGGAACAAGAUAGUGUCGGUAUUAUGUGCGGAGAGUGAAGAAGAUCUCAUGAGCACUACUAUUCUGGCACUCACAUACGGGUUAGAGAGCAGAUGGGAGGAGGCGGAAAAGCUCGUGGUGCAGGUGUUAGAGACUUACAUGGCAAAACUCGGCGAGAUCCAUCCCGACACACUAGGGAAUAUGGCCAUCCUAGCGUCAACAUUGGUUGUUCAAGGCCGGUGGGAGGCGUCCGAGCGGCUCGUAUGGCAGCUGUGGAUGACUUACAAGACCAAUUUUGGCGAGAACCAUCCUUACACGCUAACGAGCAUGGCCAACCUCGCUUUCACAUGGAACUCCUUAGGUCGAACGGUCGACGCUAUCAAUUGUUGCGAGAAUGCUUAG